GCCGGGAGUGAAAAAGGAAGGGAGGAAGGAAAAAUAUCUGGUCGGAGUCGAUUGGGGCGGGGGUGGCUUCCCUUCCUCUUUGUCUAAUCCAAAGCAAAGUCUUCUCCUCCUCCGCCGGCCAAAAUCCUCCUCCUCCGCCGGCCAAAAUCCUUCUCCAAUCCAACCCAUAGCCGACGAUGGGCUCGCCCCCGACCCCAGAACGCCCCGAAGCCAGCAGCGGUGACGAUUCCCGAUCGGGGGAACAGGGGGACGCUGAGGCCUCUACGGCGCAGGACGCUCCUCACCGCCCGGGCCCGGGGCCUCUGCGCCAGCAGCUUCUCGGCGCCUGCCGCGCCGACGAACGCCUCAGACCCCUCCUCACCCUCAACCUCUCAUGCGGCGCCGCCGAGGACCGCUUCAUCUCCCACCUCUCGCAGCACUUCGAGGCGUCGGAGGUCGGCCUGCUCGCCAGGUGCCUCUGCGUUCCCCUCGUCGCUCUGCGCGUCGGCAAGGUCGACCGCCAUGGUCCACUCCUCUGCCCAACUGCCAUCAGAGGAAAGCUGAGCCUUGGUCUUCUGCCUUCAUCGAGCAUGCGCAUUAUCUUCGCUGGUGAUGAUGGUCACUCAGAGCAGCUAGCUCUCCUGAACAAUGAUCAUGAAGUUUCCGAAGUUUGCAUAGAAGAAAUUUCAGCUGAUAAUACAGGACGUUCUUUCCUCAUCAGGAUUUCAGAAUCUAAAGUUCUUUACUAUUGGUGUGCUGAGAAGUCAAAGAAAAGUGGGAUGCACCUUCUUGCGAAGAUGAAAAAUCUACUGCAGGGGAGGCCAACACUCUCUGAUCUCACAGGCAUCUCAAAUUCGCGACUUGAUGGUUUUGCUACUCAUCUACACGCUUAUCUUCUUGCAUCAAGUAUUGGAGAUGUUAAGUCGCCGGGGUCGCUCAAUGAUUGCCUGAGUGCUUCAAGCCCACAUGAUCACUAUUUGCAGCCCUCAUCAGUUGUUUCCAAGUCUUCACGGUUUCGUACCUCUGCAUCUAAUGCAGGAAAAGCAAGUUCUGUCUAUCAGGCUAGUCUGAGUCCCAGAUCUGGUGCUUUUAAAGAUGGGGUGCCAAGGAUGUCUUGUGCAAAGAUUGCUGGAAGAGACAAGCUGAAGCGACGGGGGGACUGGUUGAGCUCAACUGGUCCAGUCGAUGCAAAUCUUUCGAUGCCAAAGAUUGACAACUCUGAUUCCGUCAGUGAGAAGUGUGAUGGGGACUGUUCAGAAAACAGUGCUAGUUCACCUCCUCUAGACUUGCCUCUUUCAUUUCCCUUGUUGCCAUCUCUGUUUCCUCUUGCAACUCAAUAUCCAUUGCCUAUGGUUUCCUCAGAGCAACCAUUUAAGCCUUACUAUUGCUGGUGCCCUCCAUGCCCACCUUCACUGCAGUACAGUGUAACCCCUCUGCAUAUACCAGUUACAUCUGUAGAACCACUACCCCUACCGCCUUUGAGUUCUCUGCUAUCAAAUGAUCAGCCACCCAGUUCAACAGUUUCUGCCAAGAUGGAUACAACUGAUCUGCCGUCACUUAAUCUUCCAUCAAUACUGCAUGAUCCUUUGCUUCACCUGCCGCUUCCUACUUCACCACUUGUUUCCCUGCAUGGUUCGCAAGUUCCAACAUUCACACCAUUGAUGUCUGACCCCAUUGUGCAUGUCCCAGUUAUUGAUGUGUGCUCCUCUGGUCAGGCUUACCUGGUGAGUUGCGGGGCUUCUAUGUCUUCAACUGUUCCCCUGCUCCCUAGCCUGAAGCCCCUGAUACCAGAAACAGAAUCUUUAGUUGAGAGAAGCGCCAGGGAAACACUAAUGAGGCUUAUGGCUUCAACACCAUCUGCAAGUAAUUCCCAGCUGGUGAACAUUCUCCCUGCAGUCCUUACUGAUGUGUCCAAAAAGAAUGUGAAGAAGCAUGUUGGCGUCCAUCCAGGCGACAGACUCUUGAGUUCAUCUUGUAGUAUCAAUGGGCUUGCUGUCACGGAGGACGAGACAUCUGUUGGAGAUGGCGCUCAUGCAACUCUUGCCGAAUAUGAUGAUAUCGGAGAUCCGCAGCACUUUCAGAGCAUUUAAGCAGCACUUUCAGAGCAUGUAAUUGCAAGUUGUCAACAGGAUAACUUGUUGAUAUGGUUAUGUCCAGUCCAGAGUACAUUUUGAAAGGCAGCUGUAUCUAUAUGCUGUGGGUUUACUUUUUGGGACGCUGUGCGUAUUUGCUGUGAUUAUCUAUCUGCCCAGCCGAAAACCACCUCAUUUGGCUGGCCAAUGUAAUUAGCUGUCUGUAGUGUAUUCAUGAAACUAGCAGCGUACUAUCUAUUGAUUUUGGUUGGUUA